AGUUCAGUGAACAAGUGCCAAAUCUUGGGGGGAAGAUGAGCCCGUUCUUCUCAUAGAUCACCCAAAACUAGCAGAGAUUCCUGUCGCUGUGCCGCGUCGUGCGUCGGCGCUUCGCCUCGUCGCCGUGGUUGCCUCUUUCUUGGUGCCAUCGCCGCCGACAAUCCGACAUGGUCGCUCUCGCCGCCGCAUCAGCCUGUCUGUGCCGAUUUCACCUUCCGCAUCUCUACGUCCGUCUCCUUCAUCACCGAUCGCCGCUGGGGAUCCGGGGUCUCGCCGAGGAAGCCCCGCCGCCGCGCCAAUAAGAACUGGGACCCAAAAAAGGAGGCGAUCCAAAGUAGGGGGUCUUAUGAAACAUUUUAGGGUUCGUUUUGCAAAUUAGGGGUCUAUUUGCAAAAACAGAAGGGGUGUGGUCUAAAGAACUCACUCGCCGGAUUUCACUGAUUCUCACCGGUCUCUUCCUCCGCCGCCGCCAUGCCGCACCUCGUUCGCGAGCGGCUCUACUUCGGCGACAUCAAAGAUGCCAUCGCCGCCCUCACGGAUUCCUCCUCCACCCCGACCUUCACCCACGUCCUCUCGGUCGUCAGCUCCGCCUCCAUCUCCUUCAUCACCGACUGCCGCCCGGGCCUCGCCAUCCCCACCGAGGAGGUCCGCCGCGUCGUCGCCGGCGAGGAGGGCGCGCCACCGACAGCUGCGGUGCCCCCCGGGACGCUGAUGCGGGUGGUGGAGCGCGCUGGGGAAGGGCUGCGGGUCACGCGGAUGGCCGUGCCGCUACGGGAUACGGAGGAGGAGAACCUGCUCGACCACCUCGAGCCCUGCCUUGACUUCAUCGAUGAUGGCAGGAAGGUGGGGAAUGUCCUCGUCCAUUGCUUUGCCGGGGUAUCUAGGAGUGCUUCCAUCAUUGUUGCUUAUCUCAUGAGAUCAGAGCAGAAACCUCUGGAAGAAGCAUUAGAAUCUUUGAAGGAAAUUUCUGAGUUGGCAUGCCCGAAUGAUGGUUUUCUUGACCAGUUGAAAUUGUUUGAAGAAAUGGGCUUCAAAGUCGAUACUUCAAGUCCUUUGUACAAGAGAUUCCGCUUAAAAUUAUUAGGUCAAUCCUACAAAUUUGGGGAGAAAAUAGGCAGCUAUAUGUUUGAAGAUGACCCUGGCCUUUCUCCACUACCUGGCUCUUGUCAAGAUCCUUCAAAGACAGGGCAACAUAAAACUGCUUACCGCUGCAGGAAAUGCAGGAGAAUUAUUGCUGUGGAGGACAAUGUUAUAAGUCAUCUUCCUGGUGAAGGCGAAUCUUGCUUUGACUGGAACCGAAGGAAGAGUGGUCAUUCAUACAGCAACAAAGAACAAGAUUGCUCGUCUUUAUUUAUCGAGCCUCUGAAAUGGAUGACUCCAGUCGAAGAGGGUGCUUUGGAGGGGAAGCUAUCAUGCAUCCACUGCGGAGCUCGGUUAGGAUACUUCAACUGGUCAGGAAUCCAGUGCAACUGUGGCAGCUGGGUUACUCCUGCCUUCCAAAUUGUUAAGAGCAAAGUUGAUAUCAGCACCAUCUAGACAUUGGGAACGGCCUGCAGAGCGACCAAACCAUUGGUGAAGUUUGAGGGAUAAUGAGGAGUGUGACAAUACUGGCACCUUGCUGAUGGUGGCUUCGGCUUAAGGUUUGGUGUACAAUAUAUUCACAUACAUAUAGUGAAGCAAUAGCAUGUUAUCAGAAGCUGUGUGCAGCAAAGAUUGUACAAAAUUACGCAUUUGAUGUUGUAGCAACAGAUUUUGCUGUGAGAGACAGUCGUCUGUAGGCUGGAAAUGGACCGAAUCAUAUUGUGCAGAGAAAGGCACAUCAGUAUCUGUAAUCUUUCAGUGAACUCAAACUCCACGGAUGUUUUUGACUUUUUUUCCAUUCUUUUUUCAAGGCGCAGAUGUAUCUUAAGGUUCAAACUUUUGUGAUAUGCGAUCAACUAAUCUAUGAAGAUUCAAACAGUUUCCAGUU